GGUUCCCCCUGUUGGAGAACAGCGGCAUCUGGGAGGGAGGAGGAAAGGAACAAGCUGAGAGAAAACAGAGGGGAGGAGAAAAUAGACAGGAGCCCAGCGAGGAGGACGCGAACACACUGGAGAGGAGGACACCGCUGCUUCAGUGAAGCCCUCGUGAUUGGAUGAAGAGAGAACCACUGACUACCAGUAUGGACGCGCUACAUUCUGGAGUUUCCUACAACCCUUAGUUCUCUGAUCUGCAGCUGAGUCAACUGAACCCUAAACCGUGACCAGCCCCGGCCUAUGUCUGACCUCCUGUCAGGUGAUCUGUCUUGUGCCACGAUGAUGUCAGUAGAUGUGACCAAUCGUAAUGGCCCCACUGCCACGCCUCCCACCUCACUCAGCCUUCGCUCCUCACACAACCAGCUGCUGAGCAGUGAUGUCAUCAAGCAGGGCUCCGCCACGCCGCCCAAAUGUCGCAAAAAGUAUGCACUUACCAGUAUCCAGGCUGCCAUGGGCCUCGGAGAAGCAGCGCCAUCAUCAUCAUCAUCAUCAUCAUCACCAUCAUCCCCAUCACAUUCUUCAACACCCAACAAUCCCAAACUAGCCAAGAACGGAAUGAACCAGCUUCGUAAAGCUGGUCAAGAUCACAACAAAAACACAACCAGCCCUGACUUGAUGGACCUGGAGUCUGAAAAUACAGCAGAUGACCUUAAUGUCAACACAGCUGAAGAGGACGACAGUCACACUCUCACCAAUAAUGACCGAGAGGAUGAUGUCAUUGAGGUAGACGUUGAACUGCACUCGGAUGCUAACACUGACGUACAGCCAGAGCAGAUAACUGAGUCAGACAUAGACUGUAACAUUAACACGACUGUGGAGCUCAACGUGAACGGCAACACAACAGUUUUGGGCUUUGACUUGAACAUUGAGGCAGAGGAGAGUGAUGACAUCAGCAUUCUGUCUGAGAAGGAAAUUAUGUCAAAGGUACAGAUUGAGGAAGAUGGAGAUGAGGUGGUAGUAGAGGAGCAGGAAGACGAGGAGAAUAAGCCUUUACUGAUGAUAAAAAGUGAGUCUCCUUUGACGAACCACAAAGUUUCUUCAGGCCUGGAGCUCAUCUCUGACCUCCACUCCAACUUCAAGCUCCUCAAAUCAGGCAAGGAAUCCCCGGUGCCUCCUCCUCCUUCCCCACCUAAGCAGGCCAGCCCAGAGGACACACCCUUGCUCUCAGUGGCCUCCUGCUCUUCCUCCUCUUCCUCCUCCUCUCCAGAGACGAAGAAGGACAGAAGGACUGGGGCGAAGACAGACUGUGCUUUGAACCGCAUCCAGAAUCUCAAUCCCAGUGACGAAGAGUUGAGUUGGACCACACUGUCCCAGGAGAGCAACUCCCCAGAGGAGACAGAUAUCUGGAGUGAGCAGUCAUUCCAAACAGACCCUGACCUGCCUCCGGGAUGGAAGAAGAUCACGGACAUGGCCGGGAUCUACUACUGGCACAUUCCUACAGGCACCACCCAGUGGGAGAGGCCUGCCACUCGCCCAGCAGCCCCUGGACAGACAGAGUCCAAGGCCCUGGGCGACCACACAGUCUCCACACAACGUAAACACUCCCUGGGCUCACUCAGCCCCUCACCCACUCCUGACCACGAGUUGUGCCAGGCAGAGGUCUUCUUUAGGGGGUCGACUCGUUCGGGCAGCACAACCUCUGACAGCUCAGUGGAGCCUCUCCCCACUCACGAGCCCACCCUCACCACAUGUGGAUUUGUCAACAGUUGCUACUUUCCUCGUUCUACAUCUCUACAGGGGAUGCCUGAUCCAGAGUGUCUCUCUCAGCAUCUUGAAGAUGAGGACAAGAAACAGGUGUGGAGUGUUUUUGGCGGAAAGAUUGAUAGUGAAGUGUGGAAGGAUCUGCAAGCUGCCACAGUGAACCCUGACCCCAGUCUGAAGGAGUUUGAGGGUGCUACGCUUCGCUACGCCUCACUCAAGCUAAGGAACCGUCCAACAGUGGAAGAAGAGGAGUCUGGCAAUGUCAAUGGUGACCCAGCAACAAAGUGUUUUGCAGUGCGCUCUCUGGGAUGGGUGGAAAUGGCUGAGGAGGACUUGGCUCCUGGAAAGAGCAGUGUUGCUGUUAACAACUGCAUCCGACAGCUGUCCUACUGCAAGAAUGACAUCCGAGACACUGUCGGCAUCUGGGGAGAGGGGAAGGAUAUGUACCUGGUGCUGGAGAAUAAUAUGUUGAACCUGGUCGACCCCAUGGACCGCAGUGUGCUUCACUCUCAGCCAAUCGCAAGUAUCCGGGUCUGGGGUGUUGGCCGGGACAAUGGCAGAGAGAGGGACUUUGCAUAUGUGGCGCGGGAUAAAAACACCAGGAUCCUAAAAUGUCAUGUGUUCCGCUGUGACACGCCAGCCAAAGCCAUUGCCACAAGCCUGCAUGAGAUCUGCUCCCGGAUAAUGACAGAGCGAAAGAAUGCCAAAGCAAUGGCAGGCUCUCUCCAGGACAGGAUGCAGGCAGGACUAGAUCUCCCUUUACAAGCAGAGUUCCCCACACCAAAGACGGAGCUGGUUCAGAAGUUUCAGGUGCUUUACCUUGGUAUGCUGCCUGUGGCCAGACCAAUAGGCUCUUCUCCAGGCAUGGACAUACUGAACGGUGCUAUAGACAGUCUAAUCGGUUCUUCCAACAGAGAGGACUGGACCCCGGUAGCCCUCAAUGUGGCAGAUGCUACUGUCACCAUCAGCAAAGACGAGGACGAAGAGGAAGUGCUGGUGGAGUGUCGUGUUCGAUUCCUGUCUUUCAUGGGCGUUGGGCGGAACGUGCACACAUUUGCCUUCAUCAUGGAUGCCGGCGGCCAUCGUUUUGACUGUCACAUCUUCUGGUGUGAGCCCAACGCUGGGAAUGUGUCGGAGGCUGUACAGGCCGCUUGUAUGCUGCGGUAUCAGAAGUGUUUGGUGGCUCGACCCCCCUCCCAGAAGGCCUGCGGCACGUCGCCCCCCGGGGACUCGGUGUCCCGUCGGGUAUCGACCAGCGUGAAGAGAGGCGUCCUGUCUCUCAUCGACACCCUCAAACAAAAGAGACCCGUCACCGAGUUGCCACAGUAACCAUGGUUUAACGCUAUCGACUCCCUGCCACAACCAGUCACCAUGGUAACUUGUCGCAUCGCUGCCAAAACCUGUCGCCACCACAGAUCCCAGUAACCUUGGAUACACAACAAAGCCCCAGGGUUUGUCAUAAUUCCUUUACAUUUCUGGACUCAAAUUGGAAUUUCACCUCAAGAGUUCAUCAGCUCUAGAGCUGAAAUUCAAAUCUGUUUCCUCAAAAUAACUGAGGGGAAUAAAGACUCUAAUCCCGCAUCAAGAAGGAACAACCACUGAGAAACACCUGAGUAGUGCUCGUGUACAUAGAAGUAACUCUCACCCCCCUCAGCACA